GCCCUGCCCUAUGACGAACAACGCGCAACCUAGCCUAGGGCUUUGACCCAUGGGUGUGCACAAGUUGUGGGAGAUAUUGGAGCCCGCCAAGGAGCGGGUCCCGCUCGACUUGCUCGUGGGACAAGGCGUCUGCAUUGAUCUGUCAUAUUGGAUCAUCCAGCUCAACAAGGUGAAUGGCGGCGCUGUCAAGGACAAGCCGCAUCUACGGGGCCUGUUUCACAGGAUUCGGGCGCUCCUCGCCCUCAACUGCCAUCUCAUCUUCGUUACUGAUGGAGCUGUCCCCGCCGCCAAAGCUGGCACCUAUGUGCAGCGUCUCGCCAGGGCGCGCCAGCCUCUUCGUCCGCAAAGACAGGUCUGUGCGUCCCUUCAUCUCUUGCUGUCGUAUGUCACGCAAAUGCCCAACCAGGUUGCCGGCCUACCGCUCAAGCGUAACAAGGGCUCAGAGUUUGGUCGCAUGGUGGAGGACGCCACGGCGCUAGCCACCGCAUUUGGUAUCCCAUGCCUCGUCAGCCUCGAGGAAGCUGAAGCUCAGUGCGCGGCACUCAAUGCUAUGGGCUUUGCCGACGCUUGUUUCACCGCGGACUCGGACGCGCUCCUCUUUGGUGCCAAAGUCGUGUAUAAGGAUAUAAGUCUCAAGCCAGGUGAAAGCCACGUUGUAGCAUAUGACAUGACAAAGAUCCGAAAUGCAUUUGGAUACGGCAGGAACUCUCUGAUUGCUCUCGGAAUCCUGCUGGGAUGCGACUAUUUUCCUGGCGUGCACGGGUUGGGACCGGAGAAAGCCCAGCAGAUAGUCAAAAAGUUUGGCGAAGACAAAAUUCUCGAAGAGAUGCUCCGUCAAGGUCCCGUAACGUUGGCUAAGAGGACGUUAAAAUGCAAAGACAAAGCAAACUCGACGGUAGCUAGCGACGGUAAAACAGCUCAUGGUUUUUCUGAAGACGACAACAUGGCUUGCAAGGCCAUAUUUGCUUAUACCCAUCCAAAAUGCCACGCCCAAACAUCUGAGGCUGUACACAGCGUGCUGCUGGGUGGACGUCUCCAAAUGGAUACCAUCAGAAGAAUAUGCAUGCAAGAAUUCGACUGGUCUUUUGAGAAAACAGAUGAUUACAUUCUUCCAAAACUGGCUGAGCGAGACGUGCAUAGGAUGGCAUCCAUGCAAGCAGCCAGUUCCGGGGUAAACUUGGCGGGACUUCAAUUCAAAAUCUCAGAAAUUGUCAAGAAGCGGCAGCUUCGGGGCGUGGAUCACUACGAAGUGAAAUGGGUUGGAAAUCCUGACAUUCCUAGUAGCGCUGUUCGUGCCGAACUCGUACAGAGGUAUUGCCACCGUUUUGUUUGUUCAUCAGAAUCUAACACUGCGCUGCAUCCCAGAGCCUACCCCUCCAAGGUCGCAGAGUUCAUGGCCAAGUUGGCCCUCAAAGGCGGCAAGAGCACAAGGCGUCCAAAUGAUUUGGUGACCAGCGACCUGUGUGGAAGGCUGAAUAAGAUGACGGUGGAAGACGGGAAGACAAGCAUGAACAAGAUGGCGGUAAAAGACGACUGGAAGACAAUGGUGGAAGUGAAAGACGACGGGGAGACGCCUUCCAUCAUCGACGCCUUCCACCACAUCAAGCAGAAUGACGCUAGUAGGCUGGAGGUGAUUGAUCUCACGUCCCCGGUGGGCAAGGGCAUUCAUCUCGUUGAAGCCUCAGAUAACGAUGACGACGACGACUUAAAGCACCAAGCACGAGUGAGGCAGUUGAAGAGCUUCAUUGCUAGCAUAAAGUGAUGGUCCAAUUGAGGUCGCGGAAGAACCCCACUAUGCGGCUAUACCCGAAGGACAGGAUGACAUCCGACCUUUUC